UCGCGGCAGUCGUGAGAUACGCACGUGCCGGAUCAGCGACUCGCGUCUACGAUCUCAGUGAUGCUGUUGUGUUUAUCAUCACAAAAUUAUUGAUUGCUAAUAUAUUUUUAUUUCACGAACUCCGAAAUCACCGAAGUGUAAAAUGCCGCUACAAAUAAGAAGGAAUUGUCCGCUGUUCCUUCGUGAGAACCUGCUCACCCUACUGACAGUUAUCGGCGUGGUGUCCGGGACGUUAUUAGGAUGGGGUCUCCGCGCGUCAGGGCACGAGUGGUCGCGCCGUGACGUCAUGUACUUCCAAUAUCCAGGGGAGCUGUUCCUCAGGAUGUUGAAGAGUUUGAUAGUUCCGCUGCUGGUGUCGUCGAUUGUUUCUGCUAUAGGUUCAUUGGACCUCAGUCUGUCUGGCAAGGUUGGUCUUCGAGCUAUCAUCUAUUACAUGACGACGACCGUGUGCGCGGUGAUGCUGGGCAUCGCACUCGUCACCACCAUCAAGCCGGGCAAAGACCCCGAGGCGUACAGCCAGCCCAAUGCCACCAAAGUCGUCACUAAAGACACUUUGACUUCAGACACGCUGCUGGACUUGAUAAGAAAUGUGUUCCCAGAGAACAUCGCUCAAGCGACCAUCGCAUCCUACCGAACUAAACUAUCUUACGACCCGAAAGACAGCAAAAUGAUCAAAGGUCAUAUAGAGACAUAUAAGAUAGAAGGUGAUUACCAGAGCGGUACCAACGUGCUGGGGCUGGUGUGCUUCAGCAUCGUGCUGGGCAUCACCAUGGGCAAGAUGGGAGAUAAGAGCAAACCCUUGCAAGAGUUCUUCCACACCCUCUCUGAAGCCAUGAUGAUCAUCACAGGAUGGGUUAUUUGGCUUUCUCCGCUCGGUGUGUUCUUCUUAGUAACAGCGAAGAUCAUGGAAAUAGAUUCAUUCGCGGAUCUAGUGGGUCGUUUAGGGUUGUACUUUAUGACGGUAUUACUCGGUCUGUUUUUACACGGGUUUGGUACGCUCAGCGUUUUAUUCAUGCUGGCUACGAAGAAGUUACCAUGUCGUUACAUUGCGAAAAUGGGUCAGGUCAUGGCUACGGCGUUUGGAACUGCUUCUAGUUCGGCCACAAUGCCAAUAACAAUAGGCUGCUGUGACGAUAUGGGCCUGGACCCGCGCAUCACUCGCUUCGUUAUCCCGAUCGGCGCCACUAUCAACAUGGACGGCACAGCGCUCUACGAGGCAGUGGCGGCCAUCUUUAUUGCACAGCUCAGGAAGGUCGAGAUGUCGUUCGGAAAGAUUGUUGCAGUCAGUGUAACAGCGACAGCAGCCAGUAUAGGUGCGGCUGGUAUCCCUCAGGCGGGACUGGUUACCAUGGUGAUGGUGCUGGACACCGUUAAUCUGCCAGCAGAAGAUGUCUCCAUCAUUCUUGCGGUUGACUGGCUUCUCGAUCGAUUCCGCACUACAAUCAACGUCGUCUGCGAUGCACUGGGAGCCAUCAUUGUGACCACAUUAUCGCAGGGUGAUAUCGAAAAAUCGCGCACCGUUCAUCAAAAUGAUCGGGAACUAGCUCCCGCGCACGAACUUACCGAACUAGAGAAGGGCGAUCAUUGAAUAACUUAAAACGGCUAUUCGCAAUACUGUGUUCAUAUUACGUUUUAGCGGUAACGUUUAACAGGUUAUAUACGUUAUUAGCAUGAUUGUGUUACCAGCCAGCAAGAGUUUUUAUUUAUCGCAGUACAUAAAUUACUGUAAUUAUUGAGAAAAAAAAUAGAACGAUGUUGUGUGUUUAUCUAGCAUUUAAAGUAUUAGCAGUUUCAGAUAUAUUACAAGUGAAAUAUUGUAAAAUAAGUCAUUUUUAUGUGUAUAUUAGUACCGGUGUUGCUAUCCUUAAUACAAGGAGUGAGGAUAGUAUUUUAUUUUACCAAUUAGUCAGUUACCAAUUUUAAUUAUUAAACACGGUAAGCUCCAUGUAAAAACGUUCGUUAAAUAUCGACAUUUGUAGUUGAUUUAGUCUGUUGCAUUGACAGUUUGAUUUUUUUUUGUAAAAGUUAUGCGAAUAUGAAUUAUAAGUACUUAAAAACUAUUUCAUGGUUUCUCAGAAGUUUUCUUAUUUGUACUAAGCAUUUAUUGGAGAUUUUUGACAGAUCAUGGAACGGGUUUUGAGACAUUGGCAGCUUUGUGUAAUAAUUUAUCUCGUAAGUCUUCAAGUUUUAAAAGUACUCUAAUAGUAAUUGAGAAUAUUGAGGUUUUUAUUUAAUUUGUAAUGCAAAAUAUUUAGAAAAGGAUGAAAAAUUAUUUUAUACUUUAAAGCAACGUCAGAUAUAUCUUUAAAAAUUGGUUGGAACAUACAAACUAGAAAUCCUAUCCUUCUAUAAUAUUUUUGUAUAAAUGUAUGUAUAAGUGUUGUUGUAUCUUGUUUAAUAGAGAAUGUGCCAUAUCGUAAUUUAAAUAUUAAAAUAGAUAACAUUAUUAAUCUCCAGUCAUACAUCUAUUUGCAUUCCAAAGGAUUUUUUGUCGAACGCAGAGCUGUUCAUUAUUUUGUUGAAUUUAUUUAUAUGUAUUUUGUGGGUAAUAUUACUACAAAA